AUGUGUGGGUUAAAACGGUUUGUGGAGCGCUGGAGACCCAGAUGAUCAUAGUCGAUGUCAAAUGCAGAAUCUAUAAUUACUGCUAUUGAAAACUAUAUGAAGAGAAAAGAGCAAGUCUGAAGUUCUCACACAGAUAUCUGUAGUACGUUAAACGAGUGGGUGGGAACUACAUUAACUAGCUCCUCGUCUCUAAAGUGCGGCAUGUCUCCAGGACAGGAGUCGACUGUUGCGCGCAGGGAAAAGUAGCCUCGUCUGGGGCGCAGGGAAUCUAUGGAGACUUGAAAGUCUGACUGAAGGACACGGAGAACGUCAGGUUCUUCUGUGUUGCCACAGGCAGGCAGGGCACCAGAUGACUGGUGUGUACUGGGAGUAGGGCUUUCAGUCGCUGCGCUGCAUUGGAGCACAAUUCACAGCCAUGCAGCAGGUGCUGGAUAACCUGAGAGACAUGCCUCCCACCACGGGGGCCAAAGACAUCGACCUCCUCUUCCUCAAGGGAAUCAUAGAGAGCCCCAUAGUCCGCUCCCUCGCCAAGGCACAUGAGAGGCUGGUGGAUGUGAAGCUGGAGGCUGUGAGAGACAACAACCAGCAGCUGGUCUCAGAGAUCCUAGACUCCCUCACAGGACUGAGUAGUAGAGACGCCUCCGCCGAGGAACUAGCCAACAUCCUCCAGGAACCACACUUCAAGUCUCUGAUUGAGGCCCAUGACAAGGUGGCAGCUAAAUGUUAUGAGAUGCCGUCGGAGGUGAACAGUAAUGCCAUGGCGACCGGCCCACUCAUGCCCGCCGACGCCGUCAGGAUAAUUGGCAUUCAGAAGAAGGCUGGCGAACCACUGGGCGUGACGUUCAGGGUGGAACGCGGGGAGCUGGUGAUCGCCAGGGUCCUGCACGGCAGUAUGAUCGACCGGCAGGGCAUGCUGCACGCGGGCGACGUGAUCAGGGAGGUGAACGGGCGUGAGGUGGGCAGCGAUCCCAAGGAGCUGCUGGAGCUGCUGAGGGACUGCCAGGGGGGCAUCACCCUCAAGAUCCUGCCCAGCUACCGUGACACUCCAGCACCACCACAGGUGCAUCUGAAACCCCACUUUAACUACAGCCCAGCCACAGACAACCUGAUCCCCUGUAAGGAGGCUGGCCUGGCCUUCUCUAAAGGAGAUGUUUUGCACAUCGUCAACAGAGAGGACCCUAACUGGUGGCAGGCAGUCAACAUUGUGGGAGGAGCCACAGGACUGAUCCCCAGUCAGUUCUUAGAGGAGAAGAGGAAGGCCUUUGUGACGAGAGAAUGGAAUGGAUCAGGUGUUCUCUGUGGGACACUAACAGGAAAGAAGAAGAAGAAGAAGAAGAAGAUGAUGUACCUGAUGUCCAAGAAUGCAGAGUUUGACCGCCACGAGCUGCAGAUCUACGAAGAGGUGGCCAAGAUGCCUCCAUUCAAGAGGAAGACCCUGGUUCUGAUUGGUGCUCAGGGAGUGGGCAGGCGCAGCCUGAAGAACAGACUGAUCAUCAUCAACCCCCUGCUCUAUGGAACCACCGUCCCCUUCACGUCUCGGCCUGCUCGGGAGGAGGAGAGAGACGGCCAGUCGUACUGCUUUGUGUCUCGGUCCCAGAUGGAGACAGACAUUAAGGCCCGUCGCUACCUGGAGCAUGGAGAGUACGAUGGAAACCUCUACGGAACCAAGAUGAACUCCAUCCACGAGGUGGUGGACGCAGGACGUACCUGCAUACUGGACGUUAACCCACAGGCGCUGAAGCAGUUGAAGACAGCAGAGUUCAUGCCGUUUGUGGUGUUUGUUGCUGCUCCACAACUGGACACACUAAGAGCUAUGCACAAAGCCGUGGUGGACGCUGGACUCACCACCAAACUGCUCACGGAGACAGAUCUGAAGAAGACGGUGGAUGAGAGCGCCAGGAUCCGCCGGGCCUACAGCCACUACUUUGACCUGACCAUCGUUAACGACAACCUGGACAAGGCCUUUGAGCAGCUGCAGGCGGCCGUGGAGCAGCUGUGUUCUGAGCCCCAGUGGGUCCCUGUCAGCUGGGUGUACUGAGAGACACAGCCUGGUUAGGCUGCUCCCUACUGGGCUGGAGGACACGACGCCCACUGCUGGGCCCAGGAGCACAUGGAGACUUGGAAGAGGUUGUCCCUAACCACCACGGUUGGGGUCAAUUUUAAUUCUGGAAUUUGAGGAAGUAGAUGAACUACAAUUCCACAUUUUUCCCAUUGAGGAAAAGUGGAAUGUCAGUGAACUUCCUAAAUUGACUGAAUUGAAAUGGAAUUGACCCCUACAGGGAUGUGAGAGCUAAGGACCCAUUGAGACUUAUGUUUGUAUGGGACUUUACCAUGCAGCCCCAGUGGAGCCUAGCCUCACCCUGUCUAGCACCACUCCGCCUAGCCUCACCUAGCCUAGCCUCACCCUGUCUAGCACGACUCCGCCUAGCCUCACCUAGCCUAGCCUCACCCUGUCUAGCACGACUCCGCCUAGCCUCACCUAGCCUAGCCUCACCCUGUCUAGCACGACUCCGCCUAGCCUCACCUAGCCUAGCCUCACCCUGUCUAGCACGACUCCGCCUAGCCUCACCUAGCCUAGCCUCACCCUGUCUAGCACGACUCCGCCUAGCCUCACCUAGCCCCACCCUGUCUAGCACCACCCCACCUAGCCUCACCCUGUCUUGCACGACUCCGCCUAGCCCCACCCCGCCUAGCCUCACCUAGCCCCACCCUGCCUAGCCCCUCCAGGCUCAGUCUGCUCUGCACCACAGGCCCCAUCUGCACACUAUGCAACUCUCUGGAUAUGUCCAAAAUAGCACCCUAUUCCCUAUGUAGUGCACUACUUCUGACCAGCACUACAUAGGGAGUAGGGAGCCAUUCGGAAUAGAACCAAUGUUCACAAUACACAAGAAUAACUUUAUUUAUUGAACAUAGUUUUCUAACUUUAACUUGACUACCUUUCUGUUCAUAUGGAUAUGGAACGAGAAACAAAAUCAUGGAUUUGAGGAUAUUUUAAAAAUAUUUAAUGUUUUAUUUUAUCACUGUUGGUUGCUCACAACUACUACAAUAUUUCUCAUAACGUUUAGAACAAUAAUACAAGUGUAUUUAUUCUGAAAGAUGUGAAGAGGGCUUGCUUUGUGACGA